AUGGCCACAUCGGUCGGCGAUCCACCGGGGGCUGGAUCACCUAUAAACAUUGCUUCUAAUACGGAGUUUCCAACUUUAAACAUUCAAGAACGUCCUACAUACACUAAAAUCCCUGCUCCAGCUGACUAUGCGAAGAAACUGGGUUUGACAAGUGCUGAAGAGACUAUUCAAGGGGUGAAUCCAAUUGACAUAAAACCUAUUACUUAUGUUAAUGGGAUUCCAAGAGUUAAGUGGACGGAGAAUGAAGUUGCACGUAUGAAUCUAUUGCAAAACCUUCAAUUUGCAGUGGUAAGCAAAUUCUCGUAUGGAUGGCCAGAAUUGGAAGAACUCAGAACAAUUAUACUUGCUCAAUGUGACUCACUGUUUUCUCUCGCUGCUGCGGUGGGUAAACCAUUACAUUUGGAUUUAGCAACAAUCAAUAAAACUCGUCCUAGCUGUGCAAGAGUGAAGGUAUUGGUAGAUCUAGCAUCAGAUCCACCAAAAACAGUUCAUAUGGAUAUAGAGGAUGAAAACACUAGGCUUGUGAGAGAUGUGGAAGUUAAUAUCAGCUAUGAUUAUUUGCCUAAGUACUAUUUUGAAUGCAAAUUACAAGGAUAUGAUGAGAAGGAAUGUUCACAUAUUGUCGCUCAGAACAAGUUUGAUGCCGUGUCAAAAGAAGAAGAAGAAGUCAGUAAUGAGGAGAAGCAGCAUGAAACUGAAGCAGUGAACAUGAUAGUGAAUGAAGAAGAAGGAACUGAAUUUAAAGAGGAAUCCAAGGAGGAAUGCAAUUCAGAUUCAAAUAUAGAGGGUAAUGCAGUGAAGGGGAAAUUACAAUUAUCUAAAGGUGCUAAUCAGAUAAUGCAGCAUGCUGAGGAGAGCCAGGAGAUUACACCUUGUUCUUCUCAUAGAAGAAUACCUGCAGAUCAAGAAGAAAUAAUCAGUCAAAGUAAUCAGAUAGAGGAAAUUAAUCCCAUAAUAGCUAGAUAUUAUGAACCACAUACCAGUCCAAAGGCAAGUUUACAUGAUAUAGUUGCUCAUAAAGUCAUAGAGUCUGAAAUAAAUGAGGUUCUGGGAGAAUUAAACUUAUCAGCAGAGGAGAAUGGAGCAGAAAUUGAUACUGAUAACAUAAAAAAAGUGGCAAGGGAGGCAGAUAUUUCUCCAAAUGUGCUGGCAAAAAGUGGACAGAAGUCAAAGAAUCAAGAAAGCAUGCAAAUCAAAAGACACUUACAGAAGUAUAGAAGAAGAACACGAAUGGAAUCAGCCAUUGCAAAUCAGAAUGGGAAGAUUUGGCAAAUCACUAUCAAACUGCAUCCUCAUGAUAUUGAUACAGACAUCCUAGCUACAUUUGUAUAUGCUAAGUGUGAUGAAGCGGAGAGAAGAGAGCUUUGGGAAAAUCUAUAUCAUUUGGCAGAUUCUAUGAAUCUUCCAUGGUUGGUUGCAGGUGAUUUCAAUGUUAUACUAUCAGAAGAGGAAAAAUUGGGAGGACUACCAGUCAGUCUCUAUGAAUGUGAGGACUUUGCCUUUUGUAUUAACUCUUGUAGACUUUUUGAUUUGGGGUAUAAAGGAAGUCCAUUCACAUGGUUCUUAAACUUCUGGGUGGAUCAUGCUUCCUUUAAGGAUAUAGUUAGGCAAAAUUGGAAGACUGAUUUUGUAGGGUCUCCUUUGUUGGCUUUUAAACAUAAAUUGAAAAAUCUUAAAGGGGCACUGUCUAGAUGGAGUAGACAGACUAACUUCUUUUAUGUCAGAGGACAUAGGAGAAAACUUCUGUUGAAGAGAAUUCAAGAUAGUAAUGGGGAAUGGCUAGAGACUAGAGAGCAAAUUGCAGAAGAGGCUAUAAAUUUUUUCAGAAAGAAAUUUACUCAGGAAGGAAAUCCAGAUGUCUCUAUUUUACUACAUCAUAUCCCUAAGAUGAUUACUCAUAAGCAAAACAGGUUACUCUGCAACUAUCCAACAAAGGAAAAAGUCAGGAAUGUAGUGAAUGAAUUGAAUGGAGGUAGUAUUAGUCGUCCAGAUAGAUUUAUAGGAUUGUUCUAUCAGAAAUGUUGGGAUGUAUUAGGAGAUGAUGUGUACCAUACUAUUUUAUCUUUUUUUGAUGGAGCUAGUUUACCAAAGUCCAUCACUCAUACAAACCUGGUCCUAAUCCCAAAGAAACAAACAGUGCAGAGUUUUUCAGACUUAAGACCAAUUAGUGUGUCAAACUUUAUUAACAAGACAUCAGGAUUAGAGGUAAACCUGCUACCUGCUAAUGUGGUUUUGAAGCUUGACAUGGCUAAGGCAUAUGAUAGGAAGGGUGAAGCAGGGAGAUCUACUUCCCUAGCUCUUUUUCUAAUUUCUGCUGAAGUUCUUUCCAGGGCCUUAAACUCAUUAUUUGAUGAUACGAACUUCAUAGGGUAUGGGAUGCCUAAAUGGACUAACCCCCUAAAUCAUCUUGCUUAUGCAGAUGAUACAAUUAUAUUUUCUUCUGCUGAUACAUUUUACUUAAAUAGCAUAAUGGAGAUUUUAAGGAAUUAUGAGUUAUCAUCUAGCCAGCUCAUAAACGAAUCCAAGAGUUCCUAUUAUAUGUAUGCUAAAGUUGGGAAUGAAUUGAUUGAAUCAGUGGAAAGAACUACAGGUUUUGCUAAGGGUCUUUUUGCUUUUACUUAUUUGGGUUGCCCUAUUACUCAUUCAAGAAAGAAGAAGAUUUUCUAUAUAGAUCUCAUAAAGAGUGAAGGGAAGAAUCCAGUCUUGGAAAGGGAAGAAGGGGGUUUGAGUUUCAAGUCAUUAUUUGAUAUCUCUAAGGCUAUGUUUGCUAAAGGGUGGUGGAGAUUCAGAACAACAAGCACCUUGUGGUCAAAUUAUAUGUGGAACAAGUACUGUAAGAAAUCAUUACCAAACUUAGUAAAAUGGAAAAGAGGAUCUCAGAUAUGGAAGAAGAUGUUGGAAGCUAGGGAGGAAGUGGAAUAUGAAGUUUGGUGGGAAAUCAAGGCAGGUUCAGCAAAUAUCAACGAGGAUUUAGAGGAAGUGGCAGAGCUGAUUGAGGAAGGAAAAUGGAAAGAAAGGGUAUCGCAGCAGAAUUUCCCUGUAGAUAUAGUGGACCACAUAAAAUCAGAAAUCCAAAUUGGGCAACUUCAUGGAUAUUGGGAUAGGCUCUGGUGUAUGGUUACAAGUACAUGUAAAUUCACUUUAAACAGUGCUUGGGAGAUUCUUAGGCACAGGGAAGAAGCACAAAAGGAGUACAAGAUGAUGUGGGGCAAGGGAAUUCCUUUCAAAAUUUCAUUCUUCCUUUGA